AUGAGGAAACAGGAUGCAAACAGGAAAAAUAUCUUAUUGGUUGGAAAUAUAGGCCAGAUGUCUGUAGUGAAAUUCCAGCCUUAUCGAAACAUUUGGAUUUUGGCGCUCUCUCUCACUGCAAUAGUGGCAUUAGAAGAAAAGCAUGUUCUUCAACAGUGUCUCCAAGGUCCUCCGGGUGCCCCUGGGAACAAUGGAAGUCCAGGGCACAAUGGGCAAAAUGGACUGAAUGGAGAAAAAGGACAGAAGGGAGAUAUAGGGGAACCUGGUGUCUCUGGAUUGGUUGGAAAACAAGGCCCUCCAGGAAAACUAGGACCGAGGGGUGAAACAGGAGAACCAGGCCCUACUGGACCAAAAGGAAACCCAGGAGAAUGCCCACCUCCUCAAAAAUCUGCUUUCGCUCUGAAACUGGGCAAAAAUUAUCCACCUCCUGAACAACCCAUUAUUUUUAAUGAGGUCCUCUAUAAUGACCAGCAUCAUUUUGAUUUGGCCACAGGAAUUUUCACCUGCCAGAUCCCUGGAGUUUAUUACUUUGCAUACCAUGUAGAGUUAUACCGGAAUACCACAACCAUUAUUUUGAUGAAAAAUGGCAAGGGCAUAAUAGGAACAUAUCAGACAACACUAAAAGCUUAUGAAAAUAUGUCAGGAAGUACCAUCCUAAAGCUGGAGAAGGGUGAUAAAGUCUGGUUAAAAGCGCAUCAGGAAAGUAAUGGAGCAACACAUGCAAGCUACUUUUUGGGUUAUCUGAUAUUUGAAAGUUAGAUGUCUGCAGAAUGCCAGGAUGAUAAUAUUCCCAGAGUAUAGGGCAAAAGAUUCUGGUAGCAUUUAAUAUCAUAUUAUAUACACAGGUGGGAACAUCAGUUAUUAAGGCUGCAUAAUGCUUCUCAUUAUUAGGUCCUGUUUUCUGUUUUUUUUUCAUUAUGAUUUCAAAGUUAUAGCUUUGGG